GAUUGUGCUUUGCGGCCAGGAAACCCGAGGCAGGUUGCAAAACACACGCGUAAACUGCUCCUAGCGAUUCCGUGGUCAGUGUCCUUCCGGUACGGUUCAGUUCAGUGUGCCGGUGGCCAGGUCCGUGUUGAAACGAUGUCGUUACCAUACAAUCUCCGAGCGCUGACAAAGCGCCUUCUCUUCAACAGAUGCACGAGCACCCGGUGGCAGCGAUCAUUCACUGGCGAAGUUGGUGGACGCGCCAGCAAUUUGAACGGUUCUACGGUAAAUGUUCCGUCGAAAGAGAUAGUAACUCCACUGCCGCCACUGUCACAGUCGAUGCCGGACCUCCCGCCGGUACAAUACGCCCGGCCUGGGGAUCAAAAGAACGUGACACAAGUGACGCGCCUCAGCAAUGGGUUGCGCGUUGCGUCGGAAAAUCGCUUCGGACAGUUUUGCACCGUCGGAGUAGUGAUCGAUUCCGGGCCGCGAUACGAGCUCGCAUACCCGAGCGGCAUAUCCCAUUUUCUGGAAAAACUCGCCUUUCAGUCUACCGGCGACUACAGCGAGCGAGAUGUGAUUUUCCGUGAACUUGAACGACACGGCGGUAUCUGCGAUUGCCAAAGUUCCCGGGACACGUUCGUCUACGCAGCCAGUGCCGAUAGCCGGGGAUUAGAAUCGGUCACACGCAUCCUGUCGGAGGUAGUGCUAAGACCGCGACUAUCGGUGGAGGAAAUUGAACUCGCCCGGCAAGCGGUACAAUUCGACCUGGAAACGCUGGGCAUGCGACCCGAACAGGAACCGAUUGUGAUGGACAUGGUGCAUGCGGCUGCGUACCGUGACAACACGCUCGGUUUCCCGAAGCUCUGUCCGGUAGAUAAUGUGCCAAAGAUUGAUCGCAACACGCUUCUGUCGUACCUGGGGCAUCAUCAUACUCCCGACCGGAUGGUUUUGGCUGGCGUUGGUGUUCCACACGAUGAACUGGUCCGGCUGGCGGAGCGAUUCUUUUUGGAGGGAUCGGCCACGUGGGAAGUGGAAUCAAAACCCGCGUCCGCGCAUCCGAAAACUGUUGAUAAAUCAGUCGCCCAGUACACUGGAGGAUCGAAACUGGAAGAAUGUGCCAUUCCGGUGUACGCAGCCGUAGGAUUGCCGGAGUUGGCACAUGUCGUAAUCGGGCUUCGUGGCUGCUCGCACCAGGAUAAAGAUUUCAUUGCCAUCUGCGUGCUGAACAUGAUGAUGGGUGGCGGAGGGUCAUUUUCGGCCGGCGGCCCUGGCAAGGGCAUGUACACGCGGCUUUACACGAACGUCCUCAACCGGUACCAUUGGAUGUACAGUGCAACGGCAUACAACCAUGCCUAUGCAGACACGGGCCUCUUUUGCAUCCACGCCACGGCGCCACCGACUCACGUGCGCAAUCUUGUCGAAGUGAUCACGCGUGAACUGUACACAAUGCAAUCGCGACCCGGCGAUCAGGAGCUGCGUCGUGCCAAGACACAACUGCAAUCGAUGCUGCUGAUGAACCUCGAGGCGCGCCCCGUUGUGUUUGAGGAUAUCGGACGGCAAGUGUUGGCGACGGGCGAACGGCGGCGACCGGAACACUUCAUUGAGGCAAUUGAAAAAAUUACUGCCGAAGACGUGCAGAACGUGGCCCGUAAGAUGCUCUCCACAGCACCGGCGCUUGCCGCUCGCGGUGAAAUUAAAGGCAUUCCGGAUGUGAAGGAUAUUCAUGCAGCUCUCGCUAACGAAGGUCGAUUACCGGGAAAUCGGCGGUUGACGCUCUUUCGAUAGAUAGCUGAUUCGGUUUUCCUGACUGCUUUCAAUCCACUGACCACGGAGGGGUGUCAUAUUCCUGUCACAAUCGAAAGUAGCAGCUUUUUGUCGCGUUUUAUAUUUAGUUAAUGUUUUUGAACGAUUGAUCGAUGUUGUCGUCGGAAGGCUUCAAUAACGUUGUGGAUGGGUAAAAGCAAGACAGUACUGUGUAGAUAGCCAAGAAGACUGGACUCCUGGAGAAGGUCAGUUCGGCAAAGCGAUGCUAAGAGCACUGUUCAGUUAUACGUAGACUCUCCACUUCUGGCAUCAACUGGUGAUUUCAAAAGUGGAGAAUCGUAAAAGAAAAGAAAAAACUCAAAAGAAUAAAAUAUAUCAAUAAGAGAUUUGUCCCGCUUCUCCCUCCGGGAGCUUAAAACAUGAGCGUUAACUGACAUGAGAAAUUCGAGAGCUUGUGACCCUUUUUUCCUGCAGAACCGUUACGGAUGCUCCCAAAGUACCAGAACUCGUUUCAGAACGUUUGAUUUUUCGUCGUGUUUGCCCUUCGCUAUGUUCACAUGUAUUCCUUUUUGCAUUUGUAUUUUAAUUCGCUAUCAUUUAUCCCUCUUUUUGCAAUCAUAAAAUUACUUCGCUCGAAACACGCGAUAGACACUUGGCAAGGACUUCUCAUAUGGGAACAGGCCUAGUUUCGAAUAACAUGAACGUUAAGAAACCCGAAACACCAUUCAAAUGUUACACUACAAUAUAGCCGCCCCCUGAUUGGCGUAUUAAAAACAAAAUGUUUGAGAAUUCAUCUUCCACCAACUGCCCGGUCUAUCGUUUUCCAUGAAACAGAUGGUGGCACACUGAAUAGAGCGAUUUUUUCAUUUUUGGAUAAUUAAACUAGCCGCCCCUUACGAGAAUAAAAAUAAAUCUGACGAUUUAUUUUAAUAUUAACGAAUCUUGCUCUCCCUUAAGAUUG